CUCCGCUAAAAGUCAAAUCCUCUAAUGAAACAUCAGCAACACCGUCUUACUUACCGCUCCGAGCCCGAUGCUGAUAUGGUCUGCAAUAUGCUCACGGACUGUGAACGCUGAUACGCACCUCUGUCGAAAGGGUGGGCAAGCUGGAGAUCUAUAAAAGAAGUAAUCGGAACGUCCAUGUCCGCAUGCCAGACCCUCUGCUCUGGUUCAUCUGGCUUUCUGCCACCGUUUGUGAUCUCGAAGAUUGUCGAGCGAUCCGGCCGCGAACGAAACGACUCGCAGCCGGGCCGCGAGCGGACUUGUCCCCGACUUGGUGUAACCAUUGACGGUCUCGCGAAAGGCAAUUUGUGUACUUCCGCUAGUGUCUGCGGACCAUGGCCAACCAGAUUAUGAAAUACCCUGAAGCACGCCACGUGGCGUACUUG